ACAUUAAAAACACUGCCUGGACCUCUGCUUAUUUAUCAUAAGGGCUGGAUCCCAAGUGCCCUCGCUCUGUUCAGAAUGGCUAAAGGGAGCACCUACACGAGAGGAUUAUGCAUUGUUCUCAACAUUCUGCUCGCGAUCUUUGGGGUGAUCUUGCUUCUUUUUGGUAUAGUUGCAAACAGUGUUAAAGCUGCACCUUUGGAGGGAUGGACUCAGGGUGUGUUCCUCAGUGUCGGAUUCGGUUUGGCAACCAUCCUGCUCUCUAUCCUUGGAGUGUAUGGAGCUUACAAAGAGCAAGUGCUGCCUCUGCUUUUGUACAGUGUUUUCAUGGCUAUUGAGUUCACUGUCCUCAUGGUCUUGGCAAUCAUAGCAACUCUUGCUCAGCCACAGUUGAAGAGGGAGAUUGAACAGAGCUUUGGCAGAAUGGCCUCACUUUAUAACACAGAUGCAGUGUUCCAGAGAGAGAUUAACAAACUACAACAGAAGGCUCAGUGCUGUGGUUUAGAUGAUUACACUGACUGGAAAGAUGAGAUACCACAUUCAUGUUUUUGUCCUCCAGACUACCCAGGAAGAGAGGACAAAUGUGUCAGUGUUCCAAAGUUCCACAACAAUGAGUGGAUCAGAAAUGCUCACAGUGAACCAGCAACACCUAAGGAUACAGAAUACUAUGUUUACAAGAUGAGCUGUGGGCCAAUCUUAACGGAAUAUGCGAAGAACUGCUUACGGAUCUUACUUGGAAUACUUUUUACAUUAGCAACUAUUGAGGUUGCUGGCGUAAUAGCAGUCUUGUUGCUGUGGUAUAAAAUCCAUACACGAUGCCCAGGCACAGACUUCUCACGGGAUAACGACAGCAGGACGAAGUACGAGCUCCAGCCGGACAAAAUGCCCUGAUUGCAUCUAAUCCAACCAGAUAACUUCUUUCCCAAACAUGAGUAAACUGUAUAACCUCAAGAGUAACAAGAUUAUCUGUCUUUUUGGAUGCUUACAUAUCAGAUGGCACUAACCUGCCCCACUGCAGGCUAAUUUAAAGAUGACCAGAUAUGGAUGUGGCUUUCAUUAGUAGUGUUUGGGAAAAUGCACAAUUUUAUGGAAAAACCUGGUUUGUAUGUGCAAUCUGAUAAACAUAUUCAGACUUGGAACAAGUGUGGCAGUGAGAAUUUAUUCCACAAAUAGUGUCACUUGGGUUUUCCAUCAUAUCUGGUGAUGCAAUAUAUAGCAUGAGAAAUGGAAAUGGGGAAAAAAUAUACACCUACAGUGGGCAGGAUUUAAACUUCUAAAUUCUUCUAAGGAACCUUUGGAUGACAUUUGUUAUUGUAUGAGUACAUGGCAUGUAGCAUUUAAAAUAGUCUAUAAUAAUCUGGGCAAAAAAGGGACCCAAUUAUUGUAUUUAUUUAACCUCUGGUAUAAAGCCACAUAGUCAGUGCUAAGGCAGCUUGGCCUAUCUUUAUCUGCAUUAUCUGCAUUUAUAAACUGAUGUCAUGUAAGCUAUUUUUAUAAUCUUUACACCAGAAUGAAAGUGGACAUAUAAGCAUAUGUUUAUUUCAUUUAUUUACAUUCAAUGUAAAAAAAAUGUUUGUAGACACCUGCCAAUCCAAUGUUUCUUCUGAAAUCAAUGGUAUGAAUACAAAGUUUGACCCUGCCUUGCUGCAUAUUAUAUUAUUAUAUUAAUUAUAUUAUUAUAUUAAUAUAAUAUGCAUAUUAUAUAUGCUAAUAUUUAAUUGAACUCAGCCACAGCGCUCAAAUGCAGGGAACUUUGGUCUCUGCUUGGCAUUGGCCAUGGUGAUAGUAACCAGACACUAAAGUGUUUAAUUCUACCUCAAAUAAUGUUAUUACAUGAAAUGGUUACAAAUACAUUGUCUAAUGUCUGAGAUACUGUUUUAUGAUAAUUUUGAUUUAUGAAAAUGUUUGGACU